AUGACUUCAGAGCCAGACGUCUCAGGUUCGGAAGAGAACGUGUUAUCCACAGUUUCUGGAAGAGAUUCAGAUUCAGUCCUGUCCUCUACCUCGCAUUCGGACUCGGAGUGCUUGCCUUCCCACAUCGCGUCCAGUAACAGCGAAUGGACCGAAGCAGAACAAUUGGUAUCAUUCAUUUGUGAUGAUACAGUGGAAUACCAACAUUCCCUUCCUAGCAUGACUCAAGCCAAAGAAGCUAAUAUUUUGGCUGCACUCGAUUACCUCUCGAAGGAGUUCCGAGACCGUUGUCCGUCCGAUAGCACAUCCAACUUGAAGAGUCAAGUAACAAAGGUUUGGUUGGAAAACCGACGUCAAGAUCAAACUGAAGCUUAUCCCAGGAAGAGUCAGUGGACAGCCAAGAGGAUUGGAUUGAUGAGUACAUUCAGGUCAACUUUGCCUCCUAGACAAAAAAGAAGCUUCCCUACUUUCUGUCGAGAUUUGGAAAGUCUGAAGAAAGGAAAGGAAGGGAAUGCCAGCGAAAAUGACCCUUUGUAUCAACCUACUACUCUCAAAGAUCUUUUCCUUGACACACUACUCACUAAGCCCCAAGAUGAACAGGAGAGGGCCAAAAGUGUGGAAGAACUGAGUAAAGCGAGUGAUCAAAGGCUCAAACAGAUGAUCGUGGAGCUCUUGAAAUAA